AUGGGGCGCUACACGGGCCAGACGUGCCGCCUGAUCUUCAUGCUGGUGCUGACGGCGGGCUUCUUCGUGGCCGAGAUGGUGUCGGGCUACGUGGGCAACUCCAUCGCGCUGGUGUCCGACUCCUUCAACAUGCUCUCCGACCUGAUCGCGCUCUGCGUGGGCCUCUCCACCGGGCGCAUCUCCCGCCGGCGCCGGCGCCGCAGCCCCGACGCCUCCUUCGGCUACGGCCGCGCCGAGGUGGUGGGCGCCCUCUGCAACGCCGUCUUCCUGGCCGCGCUCUCCUUCACCAUCCUCGUGGAGGCCUUGCAGCGCCUGGCCAGCCCCCAGGCCGUCCGCGACGCCGAGCUCAUCCUCAUCGUGGGCGCGCUCGGCCUCGCCGUCAACCUCGUGGGGCUCCUCGUCUUCCAGGACUGGGCCUCCUGCUGGCCCGCCUGCCUGCGACGGGGCCCGCCGGCUAAGGUCACGCCGGAGCCCAGCCUCGACGGAGAUCCCGAGCCCGGCUCUGCCGCCCCCGAGGGCGCCCUGCCAGCGGCCCUCGACCUCGACCUGGAGACUUGCAGCGUGGACGGAGCAGGUGCCUCUCGGUUUCCUCCAUUGAUCCCUCGCCUCCUUGCCUCUCUUCACCAUUUUCUUUCUCCUCCUUUGCCCAUUUCUGAUGUUUUCUCUCUUUCUCGCUUUGUUCUUAUUUCCCCCAUAUGAUCUUCUUUGGGGGCAGAUUUUUUGCAUCAGUUUUCUUUGCAUCAGCAUAAUUCGUUUCCCACCCACCUCCUUUCCUUAACUUGUACAUUUCCCCACACUUCUUAUAAUUAGAAUUCUUCUAUUUAUAUUAUGAUGAAAAAAUAUAUUUAUCCAGCCCUAUAUGCUUUCUUCUCUCUUGUUUUUCACUGCCACCCCAUCACAUCCCCCAUUCUUAUACAGUGGUACCUCAGGUUACAUAAGCUUCAGGUUACAAACGCUUCAGGUUACAGACUUCCCUAACCCAGAAAUAGUGCUUCAGGUUAAGAACAUUGCUUCAGGAUGAGAACAGAUAUCAUGCUCUGGCGGCGUGGCAGCAGCAGGAGGCCCCAUUAGCUAAAGUGGUGCUUCAGGUUAAGAACAGUUUCAGGUUAAGACCGGACCUCCGGAACGAAUUAAAUACUUAACCCAAGGUAUCACUAUAUUAGUACUUUUUGCUUUAUUUAUAAUAUUACAUUUAUACCUCACCUUUUCUCUGGGGAGCGGUACGCACUUCUCCUCGUCUCCAUUUUGUCCUCACAGCAACCCUGUGGGGUAGGUUAGGCUAAGAGAUAGGGAACCAAGAUCCUCCAGUGAGCUUUUUGGCCGAGUGGGCAUUUCAAAGCCCAUAAUGCCAACCACCACACUGGCUCUCUUUUGUUUUAAAUCCUCCCUAAAGUUCUCCAAUCCUCAGCUUUCUCUAUUCUUACUUUUCUCUUUCCAACCUCUCUUUCCUCCACCUCCAUCUAGUCUCCAUCUAGUCUCUAGGUGAUGUGAACACAGGCCAAGUACAAAAAAAUAUGUGCAGAUUUUACUGUAGAAUGCCAGUUAAAAGUGGGUAUAGUUAAAUAACUUCUAAUGUUAUACUGACUUUUAGGUAGAUUAGAUGAGGCAGAUUUUCCAUGCCAUCAUCAGCUUUCUGGUUUGUUAUUUUUCUCUCCACACUUUUCUCUCUCCUUUUUUUUUUAUUAACACCUUCCCCCCUUCUUUUCUAUUCCUUCCUGUUCCCUUCUCUCAUAUUUAUUUGCCCUCCUUUCAUUUUUGAUGUCCUUCCCUGGCAAUAUUUUCUCUCUGUGUUAGUUUCUUUUUCUUCAAAUAAAUUGUUUUUUGGGGGUGGGUUUUUUUGUUUUUGCACUUUGUCCUUUUGCUCAUGAAAUAAAUAUUUGUUUUUCUUUUACCGACAAAAAAAAAUUGUGUGGGAGUUUGCAGAGCUUUUAAGCACAAAUAAAUAACCGCAAUUUAUAUGUAUUGGAGUUUGUUUACUUUACGCGUUUCCAUGAAAUUAUGCAUCAGCUUCCAGUUAUGAUUGCACGUGUGUUGUCUGCAUGCAGGCGUGGGAGGGUCAUUGCUAAAGCGUCUGGUACCGUUUAAGAUUUAAGUUGGUUUUGAAAAGAUUGGUGUUUUUUCUGUUUGUAGAACUUAUACACAACACAGCGUUUCUUCUUUGAAUGCAGGUGACAGCAUAAAUGCCCAGAAUAAGCCCCAAGAUGAGGUGAUACAGAAAAAAGAGAAAAAAUCCGAAGCUUUGAAUAUCAGAGGUAAUACAGGAUAGACGACAUCCAAUUUUGGGGGACCCUCUUUAUUGGUGACCUGUUUCGGUUUAUUCCCACCAUUUCUAAAUACAUUUAUAGUACAAGAUCAGCGGCGUAGGAAGGGGCGGCAGAGGUGCCACUCUGGGAGGGGUUGACAAGAUGGCCCCUGCCUCCCCCCAGCUGUAGAGUGCCCGAGGGUGCCUGCAGUCCGUAUGGGUGCUGCCGCUCUUGUGUGCCAUCUGUACGGGCAUCCCAAUGGGCUGCCUCUCUCACGUGCGGCGGCCAUACAGGCUGCCUCUCGCACGGCGACCAUAUGGGCUGCCACGCAUGCGCAGUCCGUACUGGCUGUGCCACCCCGUGUGCCAGACAGGAUUCCUCCGCCAUUGUACAAGAUAUCAAUAAAUCAUAUUUAACCCAACAAGUUAUUAAAUUACUGACCAAAUAAAAAGAAUACAGAUAGACUAUAGCUGCUCAGAUGCAGCCAAGUUGACUCCUGGAAGGCCAAGUUUAGAAUGCUUUACACAUGAUGAUGUCCAUGUAUGUGACGCAUUAACAAUAUCAAAUGAUCCAGCUUUCGGCUUGUGGUCGAAGAGCUUAGGGACGCUCCGCAUUUUAUUUUUUACUUACACGGGCAUAGGAGAACGUAAGUGUGUGAAGAUGAUGUGCCCAUGUGCUUUACUGCAUGUCUUCUUCUUUGGCGAUCACCCAUAGCCAAGUAAAAUUGUCUUUGCCAUGAAUAUGGUCUUAACAGUGUGUCCAUAAGUGUCUGUGGAUGCCAGUUCUGGGUCAAUGGGAAGCCACAAUAGAUGGUGGUUUCUCACUAUGUGUACAUGUGGCAAAAUGGACCCAUUGCAGUCUUCACUUGCAUCGCUGAGCACCCAUGUAAGUAAAAUUUCACUUAUAAUGUCCUCUUCCAUUCUUAAAGUUAAUGCUUUGAAUCUAAUACCAGUGCUCACGUGAAUGUAGUCAUUCUGUGACGGCAUUAGGAAUUAUGGGUCUAGGUCACAUGUGAAAGCGGAACCUUGAUUUUAAUAUUGUCCUAUUUAUAAAAAGUUAGGUUCAAAAGCAAGUUUUGAUCGAGCUCUGGCUGACAUCUACUGCCUUUGAACCACCCAAAAUCUGAUCAUCAAAGCAAAUGUUUCUCCUGUCCUUUAUUUCAGGUGUUCUUUUGCAUGUGAUGGGGGAUGCUCUUGGCUCAGUUAUCGUUGUAGUGGCUGCUUCCAUCUUCUAUGCACUUCCUCUGGACGAGAACACCCCAUGCAACUGGGAGUGCUACAUUGAUCCAAGCCUGACCAUAAUUAUGGUGAUCAUCAUACUCUCGUCAGCCUUCCCGCUUAUCAAGGAGACGGCAACAAUCUUACUGCAGAUGGUUCCCAAGAGUGUUAAUAUGCAGUUGCUGAGUAAGUUGCACUUUACUGCCGAAGUACUUAAAAAGCCAGUGUUAUUCCUGGAAUUACAUUUCUGGAUUAUGCGCCCCACCACCAGCUCUGCAUUCUCAGGAGCUUUGAGAAACUGACUCACGUGGUGGUGUCUUAGCAACAUGACUCAAAUCUUGGUGGAUUAGUGAAAGCAUGCAUUUUGAGAACACAGUACUCAUGCAAAACAGCAGGCGUUGAGCUGCUGUUCCCUGAAAUCACUGCAUACAUCUAUAGAUGUAAAAAGGUAGAAGGAUAACGGUUAAGUGCCCAGAGGGCAUUGUUAGUUGGGCAGUAUAAAAAUAAAUCUUUUGCCUUAUGCACACACUCAGACCAUGUGAAGGUUUUGGGGCUUUUUUUGCUUUUGAAUUUAAACUUGUGCGGAAACUUUCCAAGUCUCCAAGACAUAUCCCCCCCCCCCCCGAGUUAUGCCGUCCCAUGGGGAUAGCUUUCCAGCCUGGGGGGGUGGGAACCUGAUGUUGCCAUUUGUAUGUUUUAAACCUCAUGCAAGGCAUAAAUACCCAGUGCUGGGUUUCCUAAAAUUACGCUGGUACCUAAUCCAUACAGAUACUUGCCAUUUAGCGGGUCUGCUUUUAGUAUCUACAUUUGAUUCAAUCAGCUAAUGUUUCCAGAACUUGUGCUCUUUUCCUAUCGUGUGUGGUGCUGUGCUGAUGCCCCUGCAGCCCAGGAAAACUCUAGGCAUAGUUUGGCAUGGCCCAGUUGUUCUGCUUCUUCCAGGAAUGUUUUGGAUCUGGCCAUGACCUUCCCGUAAAAUGUAUUUGUCCUGGAAGGUUCUCUCUGCUUUUGCUGAACAGUGUUUCUGAUCAAAUCACUGCUGCCAGUAGACCCUUCAUGAAAUCUCAUUGAGUUUAUUUUCUGCUUGUUUUUAUUGUCUCUCCCCACCCCAAACAGCAAACAAGCUGCUCGAAGUGCCAGGCAUUACAAGCAUUCACGAGGUGCAUGUCUGGGAGAUGGUCAGUGGGAAGAACAUUGCCACCCUCCACGUCAAAUGCCACACCAGUUCCGAUUACCAAGACGCUUCGCAGAAGAUGAGGGAGUUGUUCCACGAAGCGGGGGUCCACUCAGUCACCAUCCAGCCAGAGUACACUGACCAGAAGAACCCCGAAGUCCUAUGCAGCACUCCGUGCAUCUCCAGAGCUUGUGACCCACAGCUGUGCUGCAGCCAGCAGGAAGCGGCCCUGGCUGAGGUCAACGGCUACAACGAGAAGAAGAGCAGCCUGUCUCCCUCGCUGCACAAAGUCUUCCACAGGAAAGACGUGGUGGAGAUUCCCAAUGAACCCACGUGGGCCGAGGAGCCCGUCAAAAAGCACAGCUGCUCAAAGCACAGUUACAAAGAAGCAGGCGAUGACAAGCCCUAUAUAAAUAGCACACAAUUCUAG